AUAAAAGAUGAAGAAAAUAAGGAUUUGUCUACAGUAAGGAAAAAAGAAGAAGAAGAAGAAGAAAAAGGGAGGAUUUACGUUGAAACCAUUUGGAUUCUCGUUCUUCCUUCUAACUUUUACGAACAAAUUGACGUGUUCUAGCAAAAAAAAGAUUAUCUUUACUAGGUAAAAUAAAUAGAAAUAUAAAAAGAGAAAGAAAGAAUCUUAUAUAAUGCACAAGUAUGAAAGCAAUAGAAAAUUCACGUUGAAAAAAGAAAAAUAAAAAGAGAGAGAGAGAGUAAGUCAACUAAAAAAAACAAGGAAAUGAAUUUCUCGAGAAUGGGGGUUCAUGGUGUUGGUGUUUUUGAAAAAUUAUCGAUCAAACCUACGAAUAACUUGAAUAGUUUUGAUCAUCGUACUGUUGUAUUCGCGAAAAAGGAAGAUUCUGAUCGCGAGGUGUCAGAGUCGAAUUAAAAUGCGAGAAUUGAACGGCAGUGCAUGCAACGCUUUGUACGAGGGCGUUGAGUGGUCCGGCCCAUGGAUCCUGUUAACCUUGAUCACAUUGGCAAUAGUCAACGUGAUGGUAGUCCUCGGUAAUGUUCUCGUUAUAUUAGCUGUAUAUUACACGAGCAAACUAAGAAACGUUACCAACAUGUUCAUCGUAAGUUUGGCAGUUGCCGAUUUAUUGGUCGGUUUGGCUGUACUUCCGUUCAGUGCAACUUGGGAAGUAUUCAAGGUCUGGAUAUUCGGUGAUCUAUGGUGUUCAGUUUGGCUAGCCGUCGACGUUUGGAUGUGCACCGCGUCGAUACUGAACCUUUGUGCAAUCAGUCUCGACAGAUAUCUGGCGGUGACCAGACCCGUCAGUUAUCCUCAGUUAAUGUCACCGAAACGAGCUAAACUUCUAGUUGCCACGGUAUGGGUGCUGAGCUUCGUCAUCUGUUUUCCACCCUUGGUUGGUUGGAAAGAUAAACGGUCUCAUCCCACGCACAACGUGACAUUUACGCAAAACGGCCCUUUCAAUACUACCACCAUCAUAGUACCGGUGAAACCAUGUCCAUGGAUCUGCGAGUUGACCAAUGAUGCUGGAUAUGUCGUUUACAGUGCCCUAGGAUCCUUCUACAUACCGAUGUUAGUAAUGCUCUUUUUCUAUUGGAGAAUUUACAAUGCAGCUGUUUCCACAACGAAAGCCAUCAAUCAGGGCUUUCGCACCACCAAGAAUCCGAAAAUGUUAGGAUCUAGAUUCGAUGAACAAAGAUUAACUUUGAGGAUACAUCGUGGACGUGGUAGUGUUCAUAAUGGUAGUAGUAAUAAUGGUAGUCCAAGGAGUCCGGAUUAUUCUAGUCGCAGUUCAGUAAGGAAAGAAAAGAUCAAGAUCUCGGUAUCGUAUCCGAGUACAGAAACAUUAAACACUAAGUGCAACACUCUUGAGAGGACCCCUUCCAAGUGUUCUCAGGUUUCCGUGCAUUACAGUAACGGGCAAACGCAGACUCAGCUUUGUCCGAGUUCGAGGAGUACGCAUUUGAAAGUCGGUGGUAUACACAGAGUGGGCAGUAUGAGGAGACCUAGCAGAAGGAGUAGCUGCGAGAGUCAGUUGACAGGUGACGAGGUUACACUUCGGGAACUAGCUCAGGGCCAAGAAGAAAAACCUAGAGUUACUACGAGGAUGGGUAAACGAAAUUUAAAAGCUCAGGUUAAAAGAUUUCGAAUGGAGACGAAAGCUGCUAAAACUCUUGGCAUCAUUGUCGGUGGUUUCAUAUUAUGUUGGCUGCCAUUCUUCACGAUGUAUCUAGUACGUGCGUUCUGCCCAAAUUGCAUCCACCCGACCGUCUUCAGUGUACUAUUUUGGCUAGGAUAUUGCAACUCGGCUAUUAAUCCUUGCAUCUACGCGCUAUUCAGCAAGGACUUUCGUUCGGCGUUCAAACAAAUAAUCUGCAGGUGUUUCUGCAAAAGACGAGCCAACACGUUGCGACGCGGUAGCGACGGCAGCCAAUUGGCGAUGAGGUGGGAGGAACAAAGUUACAAGAAGCGAGAGAAGUCCAAGUUGUACAAUGCGUGUACAACAGCAGCAGGGCGUUUCCAUGGAAGACUCAGACCAGGAUCCAGGAUCAGAACCGACUGUACAUUCGACGAGCGAGUCCAGAUGACUUUAACUGGUCGAAGCUGGUGCCCACCGCGUCACCUUUGACCUCAAAACUUCAAACAUCUUAUGGAAACUUUCGUUUUCCUCGUCGUAUCAAAAUACUUGACAUUACCCUUCUCUUUCUCUCUUUCUCUCUUUCUCUCCAUUUCUUUCUUUCAUUUUCUUCUUUAUCUUUGUCUCUAUCUCUCUUACACAUUUUUUCCAAAUUUUAUUUAUCUUACGAUUAAUCCCAAUUGACAGCUAGAUUUACGGAUUUGAAUUAAUUUGAAUUAAUUCAAAAUAUUUCUUUUCAUUACGAAAAUUUAAAUAUUAUU